AUCUAUGUCUACUUCCUCAAAUGGCAUAGUGCUCAACUCCGGCGAAAUUACUACGCUAACAUCUGCCCGAACGUCGAAAACAUCGUAAGGAACGCCGUCACCAAAAAAUUCCAGCAAACAUUUGUCACCGCACCCGCCACCCUCCGCCUCUUCUUCCACGAUUGUUUCAUUCAGGGAUGUGAUGCUUCAAUCAUCGUAGCAUCCUCCGGUAAUAACAAAGCCGAGAAGGACCACCCAGAUAAUCUCUCGCUCGCCGGAGACGGCUUCGACACGGUUAUCAAAGCGAAGGCCGCCGUGGAUGCUGUGCCGCGGUGCCGGAAUAAGGUGUCGUGCGCCGAUAUCCUGGUGGCAAUGGCUGCGAGAGACGUCGUAGCCCUGGCCGGCGGACCAUCUUAUGCUGUGGAAUUGGGGAGAUUAGAUGGACUGAGCUCGACUUUAGCGAGCGUGAAUGGGAACCUGCCCGAGCCGGAUCACAAUUUGAACAAGCUCACCUCCUUGUUUGCUAAACGUGGUCUCACCCGAAAUGACAUGAUUGCCCUCUCAGCUGCCCACAGUCUCGGCUUCUCCCACUGUGAUAAAUUCUCAAAACGAGUCUACAACUUCCUCCCCCCACGCUACAAGAUGGACCCCACCAUGAACAAGACCUACGCGAAGCAGCUACGUGGCAUGUGCCCAAAGAACGUGGACCCCAGGGUCGCCAUCAACAUGGACCCCGUCACCCCUCGGACCUUCGACAACCAAUACUUCAAAAACCUCCAGAAUGGGAUGGGCCUUUUCACCUCCGACCAGGUUUUAUACUCUGACAAGAGAUCGAGGCCUGCUGUUAAUUUUUACGCCCAGAAUCAAAAGGGCUUUGAGAAUGCGUUUAUUUCCGCUAUGACUAAAGUGGGCCGGAUUGGAGUUAGGACUGGAGCCAAGGGGAAUAUUCGACGCAACUGUGCUGCUUUUAAUUAGAAGAGGUUUUUUUUUUUUUUUUAAUUUGUAGAUUGCGAUGGAUUCGUUGAGUAAUUAACGUUGUUCAAGUCUUUAUGUUGCACAAGUUUUGUGGGAAAUAAGAAUUGUUUACGGAUGUUUUCGAUUAUUCCAUUAUUAUUAUUUGGUGAA